AUGGAAAUCAGGAGACACUCCCGCCCCGGAGAUGCCCCCGACCGAACCUACCAGCGCACCUACAAGGCCUGUCUCGCCUGUCGCCAACGCAAGGCCAAAUGCGAACUAGGUACCGGUCCGGAUGGCGUCUCGCUGGGUCCACCUUGCGCGAAGUGUCGUAGGGAGCAGAGGCCCUGUGUGUUUAGCGAGAAGCGGGCAUGGGAGAGGCGCAAGAGGAGAGAUGCAGGAACAUCAGACGAUGGGGCUCCCAGAACCCGGCGCAGGUUGUCUAGUAGUUAUGCGCGUGACGGGGAUGCAUCACACCACGUUCGGACUGGCGAUUCGAGCGCCGUAGAAGAUAGGGGUGUUGAAACGCAAGAUGACGAUGAGGAUAUUUUACAGGGAGCCGACUCCUCGGACCAGCACGGUCAGCGGCAGUCAAACGCUUUCGCAAAUUCCAUGAUGCGCACCGUCGUUUCUAGCGGGAAUGAUGCGCUUAAUAUCCUGUUCGAGGCGGCUGCCGUGCAUAGUCGCGAGAAUGACAUGAUCGAGUCGGAGAUGCAGUCGCGUAAUGCGCAGAGUCGGUCGCAUCGGAAUAGGCAAAGCAAUGCGUCGAGGGACAUGAAUGCCAUUUCUCCGGAAGCGCUGGCUAAGGCUGUCAGGCCGGUGCCGUUGUCGCAUGCGUCGAAAGACGUCCUCGCUGUUUGGGAGACAUGUCGGUUUGUUAGAAUGGGAUGGUUCACUUCGAGGGAGGCCGUGACUUUCAUUGAUCUAUUCUACAAGAACAUGUCUCCCCUAUCGCCCAUCUUGACCGACUUCUACUCAGAUCAUAGGAAUCAUGGCUGGCUUGUCACUCGAGACCCCGUUCUAUGCUGUACAAUUCUGAUGAUCUCGUCUCGAUACCAUCUACUGCCUGGAGCCGGAGGAGAAUCGAGAAACUUCUUCAUCCACCACCGACUCUGGCAGCAUUGUCAGCAACUGGUGAUGCGACUGACCUUCGGUCAGGAGAGAUCCUUGCAGCCGAAGACCAGGACUAUCGGAACAAUCGAGGCCCUCCUGUUGAUAUCUGAAUGGCAUCCGCGGUCUUUGCAUUUCCCUCCCGAAAGUGAUGGCUGGGACUUUGACCUGGCGUUUGCAGCCCCCGAGCCGAAGGAACCCGACGAGUCAUCAACCAGUCGAUGGCUAGAAGAUAUGAUCGAGCCUGCACGGCGGUCGGAUCAGAUGUCAUGGAUGCUGUUAGGGUUGGCCCUUUCUUUAUCCCACGAGUUGGGGAUCUUCGAAUUGGACGAUAAGAAAUGGAGCUACUUUGAUGGUUACGAAGGGGCCAUAUCCACGGAGCAAACCAAACUUCGGAGAUCACGAGUCCAGAGAUUACUUUACGUAUAUAUCAAUCAGCUGGCAUGGCGCAUCGGAUGCGUUUCCCUCAUGCCACAGAGUCUGAACCACGCCGUCCUCGGCCGACAGGCUCAGCGGGAUAUGAGCCAGCCUGGAGACCAAUGGCUAGCGUUUAUGGACUCUUGGAUGGACUUGACCAAGCUGGCGAAAUCGGUGACCGAUAUGUUCUUUCCUACGGUCUCAUUUGCCCGACAGCAACUGCACACCGGACGGUAUAUUGAUCUGCUGGACCAUUUUCGGCCUCUACUCACGAAGUGGAAAGAUGCCCACCUUCAACCACACCUACUCAACGAGCAAUUCUACGACAUCCUCUUUAUUGAGUAUCACUUCGUACGCGUCUACACCCACUCCGUCGGCAUGCAGGCAGUAGUCGAGCGCGUCCUCGCCGACAGCGAUCCCAACGCCGACGAAGUGCGCGCCAUGAACAUCGACCCGAUCGACUACGAAUACAUCCAAGAAGUCAUCGAAGGGUGCUGUCAGAUCCUACACAAAGUCAACCAGCUCUCCAGGAUGGAGGUACUCCGCUUCUCGCCCGUGCGCAUCUUCCUCCGCAUCACCAGCUCUUCCAUCUUCCUCAUGAAAGCCCUAAGUCUAGGGACGCGUCAGGCCAAGCUCCGCGAAUCGCUCGACUGUCUCGAACAAUGCUGCCAGGCCCUGAGGUCAAACGCUCUAGAUGACAUCCACCUGAGUACCCGCUACGCCACCCUGUUGGAGCUGCAUGUGGCGCGUCUGCGGCGCAAUCUGCUCGCCUCCUCCAAAAGUAUAAAUCUCAAGACGAGCCAUGGUAAGCGCCGAUCGUCCACAGGGCCCCUACCCAACCCCGACCUAGAGACUCCUGUCAUGGACGAGUCGCAGAACAUAUCGGCGGUGGGCCUUGUGCCGUCACUCAAUGAUAUUGCAGCCGACGAUUGGCUUUCUUUGCCGUUCGACCCGUCUAUGGCGCCGUUUGGCAUCAGUAGUGGCGGGCAGUUCCCUGCGUAUGAAGGUGGAGCUUUAAAUUUUAUUUGGAAUUUGCCUUCUUGA